AUGUGCAAACUCACAGACGUGCGGACAGCGGAACCCACGAAGAGCGUGUGGCAGCCAAGUGGGAGCCAGGUGUCCCUGGAGCAGCUCCCUGAAAAGGAGAACGGCCUGGAUUCUGGGCCGACACUUACAGUCUCCUCCACUGCCGGCACCUGGGAGGUGAAGGGGCGCUGGAUGGGGCAUGGAGCCGGCCAGUGCGGUGGUGGCAGUAGCGGCUUUUCCAGUAUAGGUUAUUACCAGAUACUGAAUGGCGAGCUCGCUGAGCAGCUGCGCACGGAUGUGGCCUUGUACUCCAGCUACGAGGACUGUGGGACGGUGGAGAAGAUCGAGGACUUCAUCGAGUCGCUCUUCAUGGUGCUCGAGUCCGAGCACCUGGAGAGGGCCACCAACAAAUUUGGGGACAAGAUCCCCCUCCUCUGCAUCUCAUUUGAGAAGAAGGACUUGGUGGGACAGGGCACAGACAGCAGCUGACGUCCACCACUGACGGCCGUGUCGUUAGUUUGCGGUAGUGAGACUUCAACACCCCAGUCACCCGUGAAGGAAGAUGCUUUGGCCGACCUAGGACUUUGGAUUCUCACCCCCACCCUGGUUCAUCUCAUCCGGGUGAGAGGGUUGAAUAGUGCUUUGCCAGCAUGCUUUCGGGGCAAUUUUGGGGCAGACAUCGUGCACCAGCAGUGAGACAUUUCUGUGCAUUUUACUUUCUGGACAUCACCUGGCCGGGAUGCUGUAGGACUCCCUGGUCCAUCACCAUUUGUUCUGGAGCUGUUCCAGACAGUGAAUGACUUUCUGUGGCUUGGAGGUAAGGUGAUCUGAUGUAGAUGAUGAGAUGUGUAGUUAAAGUGCUGUUACUUGAAAUAAGAGGAAACCUAGAAAAAUGGCUCUAAAAUACUGGAUGAGGGAGGAGAAUUGUCUGAGCUGCCUGCAGUGGGGAAACUUCUCAGAUGACUCCCUCACUGUGUAUUCUGUCACACUCCCU